AAGCCAGCUGGACCACUUCAGUUCAGAGAGAGACAGAGAGGUUGCCACCAGCUCUCUCACUCCUGCUUUCAGCUCCAGCCCUGACCAUGGCUGUCCCUCCAAGUAAAAGGAGCCGACAUCAGACCAACAGCAUCAAGCCUCAGAAAGUUUCAAUCGAGGGGAAUAUUGCUGCUGGCAAAUCGACAUUGGUGCAGAUUUUGGGGCAGGCCAGUGAGGAUUGGGAUGUGGUCGCUGAGCCCAUCGCCCGUUGGUGUAACGUGCAAACUGAGGGAGACGACUCUGAGGAGUUAACUGCAUCGCAAAAGAAUGGAGGGAACCUGCUGCAAAUGAUGUACGACAAGCCAGAACGCUGGUCCUACACCUUUCAGAACUAUGCCUCUUUAAGCAGAAUACGGUCACAGCUCAGGCCCCUCAGCGACAGAGUGAAAGAUUCUGCCCAGCCAGUUCAAUUCUUUGAGCGAUCUCUGUACAGUGACAGAUAUGUCUUUGCUUCCAAUCUUUAUGAAUCUGAGUACAUCAAUGAGACUGAGUGGAUUAUGUACCAGGACUGGCACGGCUGGAUACACAGCUACUUUGGUAAAAAUAUCGAACUCAGUGGCAUCGUCUAUCUCCGGGCAACACCUGAGAAUUGUAUGAAGAGGCUGACCCUGAGAGGUCGCCCGGAAGAGAGAGGAAUCCCAAUGGAAUAUCUGGAAAAGCUUCACGUCAAACAUGAGUGCUGGCUGCAACACAGGACAAUGAGGCUUCAUUUUGACUACUUGACGAGAGUUCCAGUUUUGACAUUGGACGUUAAUGAAGAUUUCAAAGACAAUGAAGCUCAGUGUAAUGACCUCAUUGAAAAGAUCAAGGGAUUUCUGCAUUCUUUGUAACAUUUAUAAAUUCUGUGCAACACAACAUUGGAGCCAGUAGAGAAACACGAGGGCAGAGAACAGCUGAAAUAAGGACACUUCACAUUUCUAAUUCUCACGUAUUGAUAUUUUACUGUGUGAAUUUUGCAGUUUCUAGAUGCCAACAUUAUGAUGUCAAGAUAGAAUGAAAUAACUAUUUCUUAUAAUUAAUUGUUUUGAAUAAA